CGGGCUACAAAAGUGAACCAGACGCCGAAGUCUACUAUUGAGAGGGCAGUACACCAAAAGGAGGUCUCCGGUUAGAGCGGUGAAUCAUUUAAGGUAUGCCUUAGGAAAAGGAAACUGAAACAAAAUAGCUCUGGUUUCUGGAGACUCCGCCUCUUCACACCCACAGUGGCACACCCACAGCUCACACUUAAAAGUCUCUGACUGUGAGAGCAAGCAGCCAGAAGCUAAGAGAAGCAGACUCCUUAAUUCCAGGGGACCUAGAGCUAGAGCCUACAGCAAUGGCCUGGGACCUAAAGGUGAAGAUGCUGGGGGGUAACGAUUUCCUGGUGUCUGUGACUAACUCUAUGAUGGUGUCAGAACUGAAGAAGCAGAUUGCCCAGAAGAUUGGUGUGCCGGCUUUCCAGCAGCGCCUAGCCCACCAAAAUGAAGUGCUCCAGGACAGUGUUACCCUUUCCAGGCUGGAUCUGGGUCCCGGCAGCACAGUCAUGUUAGUGGUACAGAACUGCAGCGACCCUCUGAGCAUCCUGGUGAGAAACGAAAGGGGCCACAGCAACAUCUAUGAGGUCUGUCUGACACAGACUGUAGAAGUGCUUAAGAAGAAGGUGUCCCAGCGGGAACAAGUCCAUGAAGACCAGUUCUGGCUGAGCUUCGAGGGAAGGCCCAUGGAGGACAAAGAGCCACUGGGGGAGUAUGGCCUAAAGCCCCAGUGCACAGUGAUCAAGCAUUUGCGCCUGAGGGGGGGAGGGGACCAUUAUGCCUAAGGCCCCUAUCCAGAGCCAGUGUUGGUUAUAAAAGAUGAUGCAAUAAAAAGUUCUGCUGCCUGUUUGCUUGUCCCUCUCCAGAAAUGCCCUUCUAUCCAUGGUGACAAGGCUCU